GGUGUUCUGAUCAGGCGUGCUGCGGGCAACCAUACCCGUUGCAUGCGUGACGUGUAGGACCUCCCCUCCGACACACAGCAGCAGUAAUGGCGGACUACGAUAGCUACGAUGAUAGAGACCGGGCCUAUGGCAGCUUUGGCGGCGGCAGAGGGUCCAGAGGAGGCAGUGGGAGCGCCGGCGGCCCCAGGAAGCAGAGGGAACUGCCAACAGAGCCACCAUACACGGCAUACGUAGGAAAUCUGCCAUGGUAUUCUGUGCAAGGUGACAUUGACCACAUCUUCAAAGAGCUGAAGAUCCGCAAUGUCCGGUUGGUUAGAGACAAAGAGACAGACAAGUUCAAAGGUUUUUGUUAUGUGGAAUUUGAAGAUUUGGAAUCUCUAAAAGAAGCUUUGACGUAUGACGGCGCUUUGCUUAACGACAGGCCAUUGAGAGUCGACAUUGCAGAGGGGCGUAAGCAAGAACGGGGAGCUGGAGGCUUUGGCUUUAAAAGAGACGACAGCAGAGGAAGAGGUUUUCGAGGUAGUCGAGGAGGUGGUGGUGCUGGAGGUGGAGGACGUGACUCCCGUGAAGAUUUUCCUGACCAGCCAGGAGGACGUGGGGUCAGAGAGUUCAGCAGCUCAGGUUUUAAAGACGACGACUACAUGGCAGGACGAAGUCGAGGGGGCGGCAGUCGCCCUGGUGACAGAAGGGGAGGAGCCGGAGGAGGGAUUGGUCGCUUCAGAGAUGGACCCCCACGUGGAGGAUCGACAGACUUCAGGGAACCUUCUGAAGAGGAGCGUGCACAGCGGCCUCGACUGCAGCUGAAGCCUCGCACAGUCUCGGAGCCACUCAAUCAGGUCGCCAACCCGAAUUCUGCCAUCUUUGGCGGUGCCAAGCCACGAGAGGAGCACUGAGUCAUUUAGACACCUUCUGACAUUCUGACACUCCCCCUGGCCUGACGGUGGCGCUGCAACAGAAAAGAAGGCCUUCCAAGGUUAUUUGUGCUCACUUUGUGCUCGUUCCUUCGGUUUGGAUAGUACGAUGAAAAUUCAGCUAAAACGAUUAAAUGAUUUCAAUGAACUACAAAGAAAUAAAAUAAUGUCCAAAUGUAAUUAUUAGUUGUAGUGUCCCUUAGUGUUCAUCUUUAUCAUGUGGGGGGAGGGAGCCGGUUCCCUGGUUCUGUCCCAGUGUUGGCCAGGAUCAGAUCUUAGUCUGUAUUAGGUGUGAAGCUAAAGUGUUUCCAGUCUGCAUCAUUUUGAACACAGAUGAACAGUUAGCUUUGUUUACACAGAUUUUCUUUUCUUAUUGUAUCAUAGAAGAAAAACAGAACAGCUGUUUCAAAGCCCUACCCCCUUCCCAACAGUGUUUAUGGCAAUAAAACUGUAUGAACAUUCAACGUCCACAGAAUGUGUUUAAUUUUUUUUCAUCCAAAUAAAAACAGUGAAGAAAA